AUUUCGAACAACAGACGCGCUCGAAGCGCAGUUGCCUAAAUGACUGACGUUUAGUGGGAUCUUAUGCUGUUGUUGUUCCGUGAUUUUGUGCUCAUGGUGGAAAACUGCUGCUUCCUCGAUUGCAUCAUACGUCUGGCAGAAAGGCACUGGGCCAGUCGUAGCGGCAGCGCACCACCAGCCUUGAGGAGGAACCGCAGCGGCAGCCCUUUCUCGCCAACUUCCUGAAGACGAUGCGCUUGAGACGCCUUUGGGUGCGACACAGAAGUAAAUUCUUCAUUGGCGUCUUCGUCGCUCUGUUCCUCAUAAUAAUCGCCCCGCCGAAGCGGAUUUCUAACAUUCUAAAGAAAGAAGAGAAGGGCAUUGUCUACGUCGAUGGGGAGAGGAAGAAAGAUUACCACGAUUAUGACUACUUGAAACUCGAAGCCCUCCAGAAGGGACCCGGAGAAGGGGGUCUGCCUGCCACCCUCCCCCCGGAGCUAGAGAAGGAGAAAGACGAAGUCUACAAAGUCAACGGAUUCAAUGGACGUCUGUCGGACGACAUCGCACUGAAUCGUUCCUUGAAGGACAUCCGGCAUCCCAAACUAACUGACAGGAGUCCUGUGAUGGCUGGAGGCCUCUUUGCUAUUAGCUCAAAAUUCUUCUGGGAACUUGGAGGCUAUGAUCCAGGCCUUGACAUCUGGGGAGGGGAGCAGUACGAGCUUUCUUUUAAAGUGUGGCAGUGCCAUGGGGUCAUGUACGAUGCCCCUUGCUCAAGGAUUGGUCACAUAUACCGUAAAUUUGCUCCAUUUCCCAACCCUAGAACUGACAAUUUCUUAGCCCGAAAUUAUCGCCGUGUUGCAGAAGUGUGGAUGGAUGAAUAUAAAAAGUACUUGUAUAUGAGGCAACCUGGUUGGUUAGAGACUGACACAGGGGACAUUAGUGAGCAGUUAGCUGUGAGAGAGAGAAACAAAUGUAAACCCUUCAAAUGGUUUAUGGAAAAUGUAGCUUUUGACUUAGCAAAAAGUUACCCCCUUAUAGAGCCUCCAGAUUAUUGCAACGGCACGAUCCAAAGUUUAGCUGACCCCAAACUGUGUGUUGACUCAAAGUUCAAAGGUCAGUUUGAUCGACUAGACUCUCUUGGAGAAUGCAGCCAGAGCUCACAGUUUCAGUUUCAGCUUUCAGCUUACAAGGAUAUCCGUCCACUGAAAAGUCACAACUGCUGGGAUGUGCCUGAUCUGAAAGAUAAACAUGCUCCUGUCCUUUUGUUCGGGUGUCACAAAGGCCUUGGGAACCAGAUGUGGAAAUAUGAUAUGAUGAAUCAAAUGAUCCUGUUUGGACAUCCGCCAUCACAUUGCCUUGAUUCCAGUAUAACAACGAGGGAAGUUUUUGUAACAAUGUGUGACAUGAACUCCCCAACUCAGAAAUGGAAGUGGAGUUAUGUCAAUGCAGAUAGACUUCGAAAUUAUGAUUCUCUGGAUCCAAAGCCGUAGUUCAUCUAAUAUAUAACAAUCCUUAUCAAUUACACCUCAGAAAAAUUUUGUACAUACAUAUGCACAGGUGAUAGUUCAUUUUCAGAAGUGCUUCUGAAAGAACUGUACAUAAAGCUCACUUUUUCCUAACUGUUAUUGUUUUAAUUUGUUUAUAUUUUAAUAUUAAAUUAUUUUUUUUAUAUCUCAAGACUUUGUGCUAUAUUUUUGAUAAGCAACAAUUUUACUGUGAAUAUUCCUGAAUUAUGGUCUUUCAAAAGAUCAUUGCUGUGAAAAGGAGCAAAGCUGCUGGUGCCAGGUUUGUUUAUCAGUACGUUAAUCAUUACAAUAUAAUUGCUCAUUCAUUGCCAAGAGUAGAGUAGGUAAAAGCUCAUUAUGUAGACUCUUAAUGUUUGUAUACAUCAUUGCUUUAUAAAACAGGCCACAAACUGACUUUCUUCAAUGCUAUGACACUGUAGCUUGAACAGAAACAUGUUUAGACAUUUUUUCAUAGUUGCAGUUGUAGCUUGAAUCUUCCAGUGGAGGCCCAUUUAAAAUUCAGGUUCAGUACUUUCAUAUCAGCCCUCUCCUCAUCGUUCAUAGUCCGUACAUGCAUUUCCUGAUUUCCAAAUUUUAUUGAUGAUGGAACUCUACAUAAGAAGGGUGUUUGAUACUUUCAAUUCACUUUAUCUACAUAGAACCUGUUUUUGAACCCUUAUACAUUCCUAAUGCAUUUUACCAGGGUAGCAUACUAUAGCCAUAUUUUUCUAGAGGAGAUAGACUACAGUAUUUUCUUUUUGAUCCAUAUCAUCUAGCUCAUAAUGAACUUAGUCAAAAUAAUACUGUAGCUGUUAUUCAUGCUGUCAUAAAUCUCAAAAUAUUUUGACCGUGAUUUUGCUUUGCUGUGAUUUAUUUUUGUUAAUUUUGAUAUGAUUUCAGGGUAUUGUUGUGAGUGACUUGAAUAAAAUAUAUUAUGGAUAGAUA